AGGCUUUGUUGCGAUGGGGGCGGCAUAGAAAUGUUUUAAAUAAAUAAAUCAAUAAACUAGGGGACUCUUGACUCUGCUGCAUUUUUUCCCUUGGGAUCAGUAACUCCGUAAGCCGUUCUUCCCCAGCCAGCCACCUUCUGGAUGUGUUGCACUGCGAUUCCCACCUUUCCUAGCCAGCACCUGGGGGGCAACAGGUUGGGGAAGGCUGCUGUCACCAUGAAACCGUGCAGCUCCCUGCAUUCUCCGGGAGACCUUGACGACUCCGAACGCACCGCAGACAGAGCGCAACACCUUGGGAGCUUCUGUCUCGUUUUCAGCCAGCCCUGUUUCCAGGAUACCCACUGCUCUGCCACUGUGUAUACAAGCCUCGCGUAGGUGAUUGGACAGAAGCGCAUGCUGUGGCUGUUUGGGUCCCAGAAACCUACUUUGCAUCUCGAUUUAGGGUCUAGAAAAGACAAGCAUAAGGGUUUCAGCCAUGGCUCCAAGAAAAAGGAGCAGUCGAGGGAUCUCGUUCAUCUUCUGCUGCUUCCGAAGUCACGACCACCCGGAGAUCACCUACCGGAUGCGGAAUGACAGCAACUUUGUCCUGCCGGCCAUGGAGCCCGGCUUCCCCAUGCCACCGGUGGAAGAGCUGGAUCUCAUGUUCAGCGAGCUUGUGGAUGAACUCGAUCUGACAGAUAAGCAUAGAGAAGCCAUGUUUGCACUUCCGGCAGAGAAGAAAUGGCAGAUAUAUUGCAGUAAGAAAAAGGACCAAGAAGAAAAUAAAGGAGCCACAAGCUGGCCAGAAUUCUACAUUGAUCAACUGAACUCCAUGGCUGCUAGAAAAUCAUUGCUUGCUUUGGAAAAAGAAGAUGAAGAGGAGAGAAACAAAACUAUAGAGAGUCUGAAGACAGCGCUGAGAACCAAACCCAUGAGGUUCGUCACCCGAUUCAUCGAUCUGGAUGGCCUGACGUGCAUUCUGGACUUCCUGAAAGGCAUGGACUAUGAGGCCUCCGAGUCUCGCAUUCAUACCUCUCUCAUCGGAUGCAUCAAAGCGCUGAUGAACAACUCUCUCGGGAGAGCUCAUGUGCUGGCACACUCGGAGAGCAUCAAUGUCAUAGCUCAGAGCUUGAGCACAGAAAACAUUAAGACGAAGGUGGCGGUGCUGGAAAUCAUGGGCGCCGUGUGCCUGGUUCCCGGAGGGCACAAGAAGGUCCUGGAGGCCAUGGUGCAUUACCAAAAAUAUGCCAGCGAAAGGACGCGCUUCCAGACAUUAAUCAAUGACUUAGACAGAAGUACAGGGCGAUACCGGGAUGAGGUGAGCCUCAAGACGGCCAUUAUGUCCUUUAUCAACGCAGUUCUGAGCCAAGGAGCUGGAGUGGAAAGUUUGGAUUUCAGACUGCAUCUUAGAUAUGAAUUCCUCAUGCUUGGAAUCCAGCCUGUAAUUGACAAACUACGAGAGCAUGAAAAUUCUACCUUAGAUCGGCAUUUAGACUUUUUUGAAAUGCUCAGAAAUGAAGACGAACUGGAGUUUGCCAAAAGGUUUGAGCUGGUCCAUAUAGAUACCAAAAGCGCAACUCAGAUGUUCGAGCUCACCAGGAAAAGGUUGACUCAUACGGAAGCGUACCCGCACUUUAUGUCUGUCCUUCACCACUGUCUCCAAAUGCCUUACAAAAGAAAUGGCAACACCGUUCAGUACUGGCUGCUGUUGGACCGUAUUAUACAACAAAUAGUAAUCCAGAAUGACAAAGGGCAGGACCCGGACUCAACUCCCUUGGAGAACUUUAAUAUUAAAAAUGUUGUCCGCAUGUUGGUUAAUGAAAAUGAAGUGAAGCAGUGGAAAGAACAAGCAGAAAAGAUGAGAAAAGAACACCAUGAGCUCCAGCAGAAAUUGGAAAAGAAAGAGCGGGAGUGUGAUGUUAAGACCCAGGAGAAAGAAGAGAUGAUGCAAACUUUGAAUAAAAUGAAGGAAAAACUAGAAAAAGAACUGUCUGAGCAUAAACAAGUCAAACAGCAAGUGGCAGAGCUAACGGCGCAGCUCCAAGAACUUAGCAGGAGAGCAGUAUGUGCUCCCAUCCCUGCUGGGCCCCCUUUACCGCCUGGUGCUCCAGGGGGGCCCUUACCUACAGCUGCUGUAGGAUCGCUUCUUCCAGUUCCACCACCUCCUGGGGGAAUCAUUCCACCCCCGCCACCGCCGCCGCCGCCACCUCCUGGUGGUCCACCUCCUCCACCAGGUCCUCCUCCACUCGGAGGUCCAACCCCAGCUCCAGGAGCACCUCUGGGACUCAAAAGGAAAAACAUCCCGCAGCCCACAAAUGCCCUCAAGUCCUUCAACUGGUGCAAGCUGCCUGAGAACAAGCUGGAAGGAACCAUGUGGACUGACAUUGAUGACUCCAAGGUGUUUAAGGUGUUAGAUCUUGAAGACCUCGAGAGAACGUUCUCCGCUUACCAGAGGCAGCAGGACUUCUUUGGGAACAGUAACUCCAGACAGAAAGAAGACGCUCUUGACGACACGCUGAGUUCCCGGCAUAAAGUCAAGGAGCUUUCCGUGAUCGAUGGCCGGAGGGCUCAGAACUGCAAUAUUCUCCUCUCAAGGCUGAAAUUAUCGAAUGAUGAAAUCAAACGCGCGAUUUUAACGAUGGAUGAGCAGGAGGACCUGCCGAAGGACAUGCUUGAGCAGCUUUUAAAAUUCGUCCCUGAAAAAGCUGAUAUUGACCUUCUGGAAGAACACAAGCAUGAGCUGGACCGGAUGGCCAAGGCCGAUAGGUUCCUCUUCGAGAUGAGCAGAAUAAACCAUUACCAGCAGCGGCUGCAGUCUUUGUAUUUUAAAAAGAAGUUUGCUGAGAGGGUGGCUGAAGUUAAACCCAAAGUGGACGCAAUCCGCACAGCUUCCACGGAAGUGUUCCAGAGCAAAAGCCUGAAGCAGCUGCUGGAAGUGGUCCUGGCCUUUGGCAACUACAUGAACAAGGGUCAGCGAGGAAACGCAUACGGGUUUAAAAUAUCCAGCCUGAACAAGAUCGCAGACACCAAGUCCAGUAUCGACAAGAACAUUACUCUGUUGCACUAUCUCAUCACCAUCGUGGAAAAGAAGUACCCCAAAGUUCUCAACCUGCCCGAAGAGCUGAAAGACGUCCCUGCCGCCGCCAAAGUGAACAUGACUGAACUGGAGAAGGAAAUUGGCACCUUGAGGAGUGGGUUGAAGGCUGUCGAGGCAGAGCUGGAAUACCAGAGAUCUCAGCCCUCUGACGCAGGAGACAAGUUUGUUUCUGUCGUCAGCCAGUUCAUCACCUUGGCCAGCUUCAGCUUCUCAGAUGUGGAGGAGCUUCUGGGAGAAGCCAAAGAACUGUUCACCAAGGCGGUGAAGCAUUUCGGGGAAGAGGCCGGCAAGACGCAGCCGGAUGAGUUCUUCGGCAUCUUCGACCAGUUCCUGCAAGCUGUGCACGAAGCCAAGCAGGAGAACGAGAACAUGCGGAAGAGGAAGGAGGAAGAGGAGCGGCGCGCUCGCAUGGAAGCGCAGCUGAAGGAGCAGCGUGAACGGGAGCGCAAGGCGCGGAAAGCGAAAGAGAACAGUGAGGAAAGUGGGGAGUUUGACGACCUCGUGUCUGCUUUACGAUCUGGCGAAGUCUUUGACAAAGACAUUUGCAAACUGAAGCGUGGCCGCAAGCGCAUCACCAACCAGCUGGCCGACGGGAGCCGCGAGCGGCCCGUCACGAAACUCAACUUCUGAACUCAGAAAGAAAAGUGUGAGAAAAGCUGAGCAGUGACCUUAUGGAAAAGUCCGUUUUUUUGCCUUCUCCCCUGUCAAGCAGUGGCACUCUCCUUCCUUGUUUUGCCUGCGUGUGUGCGAAUGCGCUGUAUAUACAGACCCGGUUGGUUGGUUGGAUGGGUGGGUGGAGAGCAAAAGCGUGUGCGGGCGCCAUUGCCUGGAUGAGUGUCCCCUUUUCUAGCGAUUAUAAUGGCGUUCCAAAAAGUAAUUUCUCUGCUGUCAAAGCACAAACACUGGAGAGAGAGACGGAGGGAGAGAGAAGACACAGAAACAUCUUCGGCAGAAAGGAGAAUUGCUGGCCGAUAUGCCUUACUCAUGCUCUUGGUGGCUCCUUUCUUUCGAUGUAAAGGCCAUGGGGAGACCCUGUGGAGUUGGAGGAGGACGAGCAGUGCUGUGUUGUGCCGGAGCAAGUUGGCUUGGAUCGACCGGCGCUGGAAGACGUGAAGCCAUUGGGACCAUAAGUGGCGAGAAGUCCGUUAGAAACUGCCCUUGUCCAGUCGGAAACGUGUAGCUAGGGAAAGUCAAACUAUGAUUCGUUUUGGUGAUUACACGGACUUGGAACACCCCAUGGGGUCAUUGAGGUGGUCCAGUUGUAACCCCCUUUCCAGCGAUUCCUCUUCUGCUUGUUUUGAAGGAGACGCGUCUCUCUCCCAGCACCUUCGGAGGCUCGGAGGAGCUCCUCAUGGCUGUGAUGGUGCAUCUGUAGAAUUCAUUCAUGUUCUUACUGGAAACAAUUGGGGAAUCUGGGGGUGGGUGUCUUUUUCGUGGGAGAUGGAGCAAACAGCCUUCGUGUUAGUCCUGGUUUGUUUCCCAGUCCCUGCCCAAUGGGGCAACCUGUAUUCUCUGUAACGGUUAGCAUUGACUCGGCUGGGUCUGUUCCACCCUGUCACACCUGCCUGAUGUAGGAUGCUUCCAGGAGAGUCCUUGGGGUCAUGCUGGCAAACAUGGGCCCAGCUGAAAGUUCUCCCACUCACAGUAGAAGUUGGCCAACAGGCACCCAAGUAUUUGCAGUUGGCUUUCGAUGCUUCUGUCCCGCUUGCUCCAUCGGUCUGACUUCCUUCUAAGCCUCCAGAUAAUGGAAGCUCAGCACUGGGAUGCUGCCAUGAGAACAACAGCAAGGCCUUUGGCUGGGAGGCAGCCAUCCUGGGGGAGGACCCUCCAAGACAGAGUGCCCCCGACGUUGGGGUCAGCAGUGCAUGGAGUCGUCCGGGUUUGAGUGCUGUCAAGUCGUGCAGCGUACUUCUACAGGACUCGUUCAGGGGGCUGUCCUUUGUGGUUGAGCGGGACGGAUUGCUAUAGAAGUCUUUGUCUGCAGUCCAGAAGUGGGACUUUGGGACCUAAUUUAGAGUGCAAAGUAGUGAGGAAAGGCCAAGAAAAUUCCUUCUUGAAAGUGUGUUGCUGUUUGUAUUUUUUCUUGCAAAUCUAUAAACAGAACUACCUGUCAAGAUGUUGAUCCAAAACCUACUAGACCCAGAUUGCUCAGGGAGUAAUUAAUAAUUUAAAAAAUAGUAAUACAAAAAUUGGGAAAAUUUAAACAAAUGCCAAUUUUAUAGCAUGGCUUAAUAUUCUUAAAUUAUAGAGAAUAUAGAGGACUGUUACAUUUUGGUUUUUCUUUUAUUUAUUUGUGGGUUUUCUCUGAAGCGACUUUUAUACCACCGUCACUGUAUUGUAAUCUGGAACUGAAUGGGGAUAUUUUUUUUCCUUCCUGUGGAGUUUUUGAGUUUUGUCCUUCUUGCACUAGAUAGUCGAUGCUUGUUUGAGACAUGUUUUGUUUUUGGUUUUUGUCUUGUAAAGGAUGUUAAAUGAUGGGGAAUUAGAAUAGCAUUUUUUUCUUCUCCACAUGUACAGUACAGCAGAUGUGUGGUUUUAUAUAAAACAAGUUUGUACAAAAUACCGUUUCUUUUCCAGGGAUUCCCAGGUCCUGGUGCAAUGUGAAAGCUGUGAAGAUCACACUAUAGAGAACUGUCAAAGAGUUGUGUGUGAGCGCAGCGCGCACAUUUUUCUUGCUUUACAGUUUUGUGUUUCUUCAUUGCAGCUUUUUCUGAUGCACCACUUGUGUGAUGGCUGUUCAAGUAGCUUGUGAAGUAGUAAGAAAGCAAAUGCUGGCACUCUGAACCUCUGCAGAGAGCAGCUGCACAAAUACCGCAUUUUGCUUCAAAAGAAAGCGACCAAGUCGAUCACAACUGUUACUUAAACUAAAGUGCCUCUCUUUUAUACAUAUAUUUUUAUUUAUAGCUGGAAGAAAUUGGGUCAGAUACAAUUUAAGGGUGUUGAUGUUUGGGAAAAGUUCAGGCUGAUUGCAUUAACGGGAUUGGAGAUUAAAAGAAAGCAAAACUCUGAAUUUUCAAAGCGCAAACAGGGGCUGUCGAAAAUAACAGUGUGUCUGUUCCGGAGACCUGGCCUGUAGUCCAACAGUUCUAGGGUGGCACCCGAAAAAUUCAGCAGCUUCCUGUGCCUAUGCAUCACCCACAGGAUGAGUCUGGGAGGGAAACAGGUAUGUUCUGCCCCUUCCCCCAGGUGAAUCCUACAUACACUGCAAGAUGUUGGUUGUGAGGAAUGUGCCGUAUGCACCAGCUUCCUGCGUUGCGGAGAAAGAGACAGCUAUCCCCCAGUAGCACCAUCCAAAAGCACACGAAAUGCGGGAAUGUCCUUUGGACGAUUCUUGGUUUUUCCUUAUGCAAUUCACAACCAUUUACCUGCACACCCACAUUUACCUACACGACUUCCUGCAAUUGCAUUGACUAAUUUACAGUGGAAAUGAGAACUCUGGCCCAUACUAUCCCAGCUGGAGCGUCAGUUGGUGCACCUCCAUCACGUCCAACCCACUGGGCGGGGAGGCAGAACAUUUCACAGCUGGUUGUGUGAAAGCAUACCCAGGCCUGCGUCAGGAACGCAUCCUCAGUCCCGGGGGCAAAAACACCAACACGUACAAUAUUGCUGGACCCAAGAGAAGCCUGCCUGAAAGGGUCUUCCUCGAUCUAAUUCAUGAAUAUGCACAGCUGAUCCCAUCAGGGCCAGCCAGGGUAGCACACACCUUUCUCUGGGGCUCAGUACCACAGUGACCCUUUGCAGGAUCUCGGCUAAAGUGUCCUCUGGCAUUUAGUGCAUCAAGAAUCAGUCUGAGCCAGCUUGAUCUUGAUGAGCCGUCAUCCGUGCAGAACGAAGCAUUCGGAGUGUCCAAAGGUAGGUUUGCAUCCUUUGGAUCGCUGGCUUCCCUGGGUUGCCAGCAGUCCCCCUGCAGAGGAUGCAGCUUGGGGAAAGCAGCAGGGCCUUGGGGAAAAUCAUUCUUUAUGCUUCCAGGCUAUUCCUCUUUUCAACUCGCUUGUUGGGCUCUGUUCGCCAUUUCUUUGCUUUUCUGUUCCCCACCGAGGGGUCCAUGUGCAGAUAAAUUCUAUCAUGUGCCAUUUAUUGUAAACAACCUUUAGAUUCCACUCUUACUUGCAUUCUUGUUUGAGCUCCUCUUUACCUCUCUCCUGAGUGUGUAAUUUUAAAGAAUUUUUCAUUCAUGCCAAAAACAAAAAAAAAAAGACAAAAAACGGAUCGUUUGUAAACUGAAGUAUCCUGUAGCGUAGCAUAGAAGUAGCAAACCGUUUAGUGGUUUUUAGGUGCAAAAAUGUUUUUUAGCUAGCAAAAAAUGCUGUGUUAUGUUACGAGACUGUACAUUUUUUUAAAAAGACGGCAAUAUGCAAUAAAGAGUGUACAUAACAA